AAACCACUCUCCCCUUACCCGUCCGUCCUUGAUUAUUGUCCCCCGGUGUCCUUGGGCAGCAGAACCAUGGGGUGGAUUCCGGACGAGGCUCGGGUGUUACCGCCGCCCUCGCUGGUGAACAGGGGCUCGUUGUACUUCGGCUUCCUCGGCUACCUGUCCUCCAUCGUCCACAACGCCAUCAAUCAGUACCCGGUGCUGAAGGCGGGUGUUCACCGCCAGAUCCUCUUCACCACCAUCGGGGUGUUUGUCGGCUAUCACCUGACCAAGUACGAGAACUACAAAUACGCUAAGCGGGAUCGUGAAAUGUUUGACUACAUCAGGCGGCAUCCGGAGAUCCUGCCACAUAAGGAACCUAGAAGCAUGGCGGAAGUCUACGAGAAAUUUUAUCCUAUUCGCUAACUGAAGAUCCCAGCGGCAGCUGUCAUGUUCCCGCUCUUCACCAGAGACGCGUUCCCAGCACCGUGUGAUAUAUGUUCUGUAAAAAUAAAAUAAUUAGAAUUUUGACUGUA